AUGGACAGUGAAAGGCGCUUUCUCCAGAAUUUAAUCGACGCACACAGCAAUGACGACACAUCGACUGGUCAGACAAAGCUCCGUCGCCGUCAGUUAACCUGCUAUCAGAAACGAGUCGUUGCAGCUCAAUACGUGGACGAGCAAAUCAAAGAAACAUAUCUAAGUGGUCUUCUUUUCCGGCAUCUUUACCAAAACUUUUCAAAGUUCCAAACAAAGGAGGAAAUAAGCACUGGAGAGUUUCCGCAUCAACUGGUGAUACAAAUUAUCGAACACUGCAUUCAAGAAGCUGAUAUCGAGGAAAAAGAUCCAGAGAUAUUGCUAAAAAAUUGUCUUUGCAUUUUACCAAGUGUGUCUGAAAAAAUAUCUGAUUCUGUCGAUCAACAAAAUCGCCCUGAAUCAUAUCGAAAAUACUUCUUGGAAUCAUGGAAGAAAGGGUGA